AUGCUCGAAACGGAACGAAGGACUGCGAUCAGUACAUCCCAGCUUGGACUUUACUCCGAUCACGGUGAUCGAUACAACAGUAGUCGAUACAGUUCCAUCGCCAAGAAAUUCGCGAUAGGAGUUAUGGUGGUGGUUGCAGUGAUAUUAGUGGGGAUAUUUUUAUACGACUUCACGUCAGCCACAUCGUUGAACAGUAAAGUCAACCAGGAAACAAAGCACAUAUACAUACUACAAAAUGCCCUUAAGAAACAAUCGAACAUCACAAGGAAGUUCUCCAGUUCUACUCUCCUACCCGAAGUAAACAUAAGCAAUCCCACUUACAUCCAAGAUCGUUCCGACAAUGAGAAUGGGAAUCCUCUGCUUUACGAUGAAACGGACAAAGCACCCGACGCAGAGCUUAGAUCGCAGAAUUUGAACAACUUUAAAUUGAGGAAGAGGGUCCUGAAAUCCAUCGAAAACAGCAAGGACCAGCCAGCUCCGGAGGGGAAACAGUUGUUCGACAAUCAUGCGCUUGUUUAUCGAGUGAGGCAAAGGUACAAAUAUCCAGGUUCGAACGAGGAAGACGCAAGUAUGGAAGAGAAUCGACCAACUCCCUUUCAUUGGGAACUGAAGACACCUCAACCAACUUCCUUCAAACGUUCGAGAUACCCUCAGUUGUCUCAGUACAGAUAUCCACACGCCUCCAGAAACAUCCAGGACAUCAUAAAGUACCUGACGAACGAAGCCGAAAUGCCAAACAGGGGCAUCAAAUUCACUGGUGUCUAUGUCAAUCCAAAGAAGUAUGAUUACACUCCUGACAUAGGGGAGAUGAUGUCUAAUAGCGACAGGUCAGAAGAAGAAGAAAGUUCUUUUUCGUUGAGCGAAGAUCCCUUGUAUCAGUUUAAGCCGAAGCAUCCAUCGGAUGUCAAUCUGUUGGCCACGAACAACUUCAGAUUCUCGCCAACAGGGUUGCACAGAUACAAUCCUUACUACGACCCGUACGGACGACCGAUGAAUUACAUAAAGCAACCUCCGUCAGCCAUGGAAUCGCAGUUUGAGCCGACUCCUUAUGCGAACAACUUCCCGAAAAAACGGAAACCGAAGCCAUUCAGCGUCAUGUUGGACAUUUACCCGAUCACUGACGUCUUGGAGCAAAAUAAGAAGGUCACGAGACCGAAGCAAAUUCCCAUGGACGAUUAUGACACGAGGCGACCGAUGCACUACAACAGAGGACAGAAGUUUUACGUGCCGGCCCCUCAGGCGAUGAUCGGGACCAAUCAAGCUGCGAUGGACGAAGAGGAGAGGCAACAGAUGAUAUUUCACCUGAAUCUGUACCCCAGGAAGAAGAACAAGAUGACCAGACAUGACAUAAUUCACAGAUCGGAAUCGAUGGCGCCUGAAGAUCGGCAGCAGUUUAUGCACAAAGUGUGGUCACCGCUGGAAACGAUCGCCAAGCAUUUGGCAGUGGAACAAUCGAAAUUCAUGCAGAACGAGACGCCAUUAGGUUCGGCAGCGACUCGCUACCAGGAAAUUCCUCUGGACAACAAAGAAGAGGAAUCGAAAUUCCGGCAAGUGAACGUCUCCUCGGAAUCCACUGGGGACCACGUAGAGGAAACCGCCACCGUUCCUUUCAACCAUAAAUCAAGCGUCGAGGACGAUUACGCCUCCACCGAAAAGUUCGAAUUCGAAGCCCAGAGAAUCGUUGGGACCACCACGGAAGACGAAAAUCUGAAGGAAGACUACAACACCACUUUAAUUCCGAAUGAGACGACAGUUAACACGACCACGAGCGAAGAAGUCACGAAAGACGUCGAUACAAUCGAUGGAUUCAAACGAUUCAGCGACAGUGUCUCUAAAACCAGUUAA